GAAUGAAAGAGUGUAAAUGAGUGUGUCAAAUUUGAAACUAUACAUAGUCAAAUAUAGAAUGACAAUAAAUGAGCUCGCUUUUUCCCUGCUUUUGUUCAUUUAAUAAUACACGACAAUCACAACGCACAAAUAAUGCAUCACCCGACACAUUGCAUCAACACACACGGCAGUAUGAUCCUUGCUUCAUCUGUCAUCGAAUCAAACAACGUACAAUUGAUUGCUAUUACAAAAAAUCGAAUAGAUGUUACAAUUGUAGACAUUCCGGCCAUCGAUUACGCGAUUGUCCACAGGUUUUUCACUAACUGGAACCCGUGAUGGUGGCCAUUCCAGUAUACAAAAUCCAUCAAUAACAUCCCACAAAUCAUCGAGUCCCAUUUACAUCAAAGAAGUAAAUCAAACACCCCAACAUGCUAUAAUCGAUACGGGAUCCGCGGGCAUCAUCAUCCACCAACAAUUAUUGAAGAUUCAUCAUAAGAAAUUUAUUUACAAACGCAAAAUCCAUGCAUCGGCCAGUUGUACAUCUGUUAAUAUUAUCGGCGAAAUUCAUCUUGAGAUCAAAAUACAGGGACAUAAAACAUGGAUAGUUGCCGAUGUCGCGACAAAUCUCGUUACAGAUUUAUUACUUGGAACUGAUUGGAUCAAACAAAACAGAGUUAUUAUUGAUUCUCCACAGCAACGUGUUAAUCUAGUCAACAAAUGUCACAAGAUAAUAGCAUAUACACCGUUUGUCGAACCUCCCGAUAUUCGUUUUCCUGUAUUUUUAAUUGCCCUUCCAUCAUACUCCGAACAAUGUAUUGAUAAACCAAAUAAUCAGACAAAAUAUCGUGUAGAAAAAGAUCUUUUCAGUAAUGGUACUCACUCUACGCUGCGUGUUUAUAAUACUCAAGGUAAAAGGAAAGUACUCUAUCGUAUUCAAUCAGAAAAUUAUGAUAAUUUUUUUACUGCUCGUGUAUAUGAUAUGAGAAAUACUAAGAAUGAUAAGGAAUUAUUGGAAAAAAAUAUGGUGAGUGUAAUUGAAGCAGAUGAAAUGCGCUCAGUAUUUGCCAAACACAAAUGGGAACAUUGUCAGUUUAAAUUUAAAAGAACGGAAAAAGAUGAUGAUUGGAUCUAUGGCAGUGUGACACAUGGGCAAAUUAUACACGAACAUAGAUUUAACGUUAGUUAUAGUCAAAAUGAAAAUUUAUUAAUUCAACUAAAGCCUUCAAAGCCGACUGGCAAAGUAUUCACGGGGUAA